CAUCCCGUGUCAGCUCGUCGUUGACGUAAGCGGUUGAUAUCACAUGGAGGCAAGAGAAAGUAGAUGACAUGGAAGAGACGAGGUGCGGAAAAUGGACAGAAUAGGUUGUUAAUAUGGUCGCUUGAAUAUGUUACAGCAGAGCAAACCGAACCCGACUGCUCUGGACAACACGGAUUUCGUCUUACGUAAACGGUUUAAAGCUGAUGUAUCGCCUCCUCAAUCGAAUUCUCAUGGAGAUUCUAAAUUUUCAACGGUGCAAAGCUCACCGGUUGGAGCAAGGUGCAAACGUCCUGGAGGAGAUGAGAAGAAAGAUACCAAACUUAAAGACUUCGUAAAUCAUCCAACUUUUUCUGUUUCUCAACUCCGGCGUUUUGCCAUCAGUUCAGGAGGACUUCUGAAAAGUGCAAACAGAAAACGAUGUUGGCCAAUGCUUUUAGACAUCGAUGUAGAUAACAUACCUCCAGCACCAAAACUUUCAGUAUUAAAAACUCAUCGAGACUAUGAGCAAGUUCUCCUGGAUGUUGAAAGAUCUCUUUCGAGGUUUCCUCCAGGUAUGCGAGAGGAUAAACGAUUGGUUCUUCAGGAUAAACUUGUGGUCCUCAUUCUUCAUGUUCUGAUAAAUCAUCCAGAAUUGCAUUAUUAUCAGGGCUACCAUGAUAUUUGUGUUACGAUCCUGCUGACUGUUGGUGAAGACCUUGCAUAUGCCGUUGUAGAUAGACUUAGCAUCUCACAUUUAAGUGACUAUAUGGGUAGCACUAUGGAGAGGACCAAAGUUAUAAUGGAUUAUGUUUUCCCAAUAUUGGCCAAAGUUAAUCCUAAACUUGAAGCCUAUCUUCAGAAGGCUGAAGUUGGUACAAUGUUCUGUCUCAGCUGGAUUAUCACGUGGUACGGUCAUGUGUUGAAAGAAUAUCGUCACAUAGUCAGGUUAUACGACUUCUUUAUAGCGUCCCAUCCAUUGAUGCCUAUAUAUGUUGCUGCCGCUAUUGUUCUGUACAGAGAAAAGGAAAUUCUGUCAUGUCCUUGUGAAAUGGCAUCAGUUCACCAUACAUUAUCGCACUUGCCAAAGGAUCUUCCUUUUGAAGAGCUCAUCAUCACAGCUUGUGAUAUACAUCUGUUAUACCCUCCUUCUGAAUUAAUAAAGGAUAAUUUUGUACCUCCUGCCACACCUAAACCAACAGAUAUAAAUGAACGGCGUUGGAAGCAGAGGAAACGUCUGAGCAGAAAGUUAAUUGUGAAGGUUAUUAUUGUUGCGUUUUUUGCUGUUCUGGCUGGUUACAUACUGUGGAGGCCUUAGUUUGUCACAGUUCAUCGCAUCUAAAUUUGCAGCUCUAUUCCACUCACCUGUACUCACCUGUCUACUUUCUCCAUCUUACUGUUAUGGGACAUUGAACCAACUGGAUUCAGGAGGGGCCUGCUUACUACCAUAACUCCAACAAUAUUUUUCAACAUAUCUAGCUCACAGAAGGAAUCGAUAUCGGAACUAAUCAACUGUUCUUUGACAAAAAAA